CGCAUACAUUUUCACGUAAAUUAUGCUCUUUCUACUUGACGAAUCUUGCUCUCGAUUUCGAUCGCUCGACACACGGGCCCUUCUAGAAAUGUGGGAUUGAACGUCCUCCGCACAAUUUCCAUUCCCCAUGGGGCCGCUUUCCCGCGCAUUUCAAUUAGAAUUAUUCAUUUUUCAAUAUGAAUUUAUCCGGUGGGAGAUUAGAUGAAAAAGGGUAUAAAAGUCGCGUGGUUUUGAGCAAACGACAUCAUUCGAUCGUUCAGUCCCGCAGGAUAUCCUCGAAUUCGAAUCAUGGCAUUCAAGCUCAUCGCUCUCGCAACCCUCGUGGCCGCCGCCAGCGCAGGCCUGUUGCAACCGAAAGUCGCGAGCUAUCAGAUCGCCCAUUACUCCGCUCAGUUGAGCCAGACCCAUCCAGCGCCCGCGAAGCAUCAAUCUUACCACGCCGAGCCCGCGAAGGAAUCUUACUACGCCGCCCCCGGCGCCGAAUCGUACCAGAAGGCCGAGCCCCAGGAGUCGUACGACCACCACCCCAAGUACAGCUACGCUUACGACGUGCACGAUUCUCACACCGGAGAUUUGAAGAAGCACGAGGAGAGUCGGGACGGCGACGUGGUCAAGGGAAGUUACAGUUUGCUCGAAGCCGACGGAAGCCGUCGCAUCGUCCACUACUCCGCUGACGAUCACCACGGCUUCAACGCCGUCGUCGAGAAAGAAGCUGCCAAGGCUGCACCGGCACUUGCCCACGGGGCCCAGUACUACGCUUACGCCGCGCCGCUCGUCUACGAGAUCGUCCCCGUCGCCCACCACUCGCAGUUCGUUUCCUACGGCCAUGCCGACCCUCACCAGGGCCAAUAUCAUCAUUGAGUUGCCAAGGAAUAUUCGGCGAACGUCAGAAGAGAUUGAAUAACCUUCCAAUGCGAAUG